AUGUCUGCACAAACUGGUUCUGCGGCCUCUAUCAGCGACAAAGGCAAAGGCAAGAGUGCUGCUGAGCCCCAAGAUGUAACCAUGGGUGAGGGCGGCGACGAUAGCUCCAGCGAGGAGGAAGUUGAUGAUGAUGCUCCACCACCAGCCGAGGAGGUCGAGGAGGAAGCUUCAGACAACGAAAUCGAUAAAUCCAACAUCAUCCAAGGUCGUCGCACUCGUGGCAAGCAAAUCGACUUUGCUGCCGCUGCCAAGGACCUUCCAGCCGACGAUGAUGAGGAUGAGGACGAUGACUUUCAAUCUGAGGGCGAGGAAGAUGAUGAGAUGGGAGGAAACUAA